AUGUCUUCGACGAUGCUCUACCUCACCUAUUUGGUGGUUGAUGGCCGUCAUCCUUAUAUUGGAUUACUUUUCUUUGUACAGGAUGUGCGCUCCAAAGCCAGAUCGCAUUAACUCAUGAUACUCUCCAUGCCAAUGUAAAUCAAUGCCUGGCACAGACGGAGGACGGCGCGAUUAUCACGAAUUACUACCCGUACGGAGAUGUGAGGCAUAAUAUGCAGAAAUAUCAGUGCCUGCCGCGGAUAAGACUCAUCCAAUUUUGCACGGAAAUUGCGGCCAGACUGGCCUGCCUGGAGCAGCGCGGCAUCGUCCACGGACAUCUCAGACCCAAGAGCUGCUUAUUGGAUGAGAAUUUGGGGGUGAAAAUUGCAUCGCCGAGGGGCCCAAGUCAUCAUGCGCAGUCGAGGUACAGCGCACCGGAAGAAACUGUCUUGGUAAGAGUUUUGAGGCGGUUUUUUGGAAUGGUUGUGAUGAGUUUGGGUGAGAAAAGUAAGGUUUUAUUUAUACUCAUCGAAAACCCCUAAAUCGAGUAUUAAAAAAUUCAAAAAAUUACUACUGUACAGUACUAUUAUACACUAGGAAAAGGUAACAAUCAAAAAAAUGAAUGUCGUUUUCGAAAUCAGCGAUAUCGAUUAUCCUUAUUUAAACACUUGCAUCGAAGAAAAAUAAUACUUUUUGGUUUUCCAAUCGUCUUUUUUCCCCAAUCGUCCACCACCGGCAAUUUUUAUGCAGAUGCUUUUCUGGUGAGGUUCUCCGAUCUUCACAAGGGUCGUAAUAGUACGUAAAAUGUGUAUUUUGUGUGGCAGUUGCUUCUUUAUAUUCUUCGCAUGUUGUUUACACAAAAAGUCGAAUUUGAUAAGGCCUUUGUUAGCACGUGAUCCGGCCCGGCCACUGUAGUUUAUUACCACUGCAGAUAAGGUACGCUACACACGUUGUAGACAGUUUUGGGAGUAGAAAAGCGAGGCUUUUGCAUAUGUUGUUUAAUUUGUAUCAGCGAAAUGGAGGUGACGGACAUUCCGAGGUUUUUUGGGUGGAUUUUCUACUUGAUUUGGCAGAGUUUGUACAAUGAUUUGGUGCCAUAUGAGUGGAAGAAGAAGAAGGACUUGAGGGGAAAGGUAAAGCUGUCAUCUAUCCCGUUUUCUUUUUUGCCUAAAAAUCGGAUAAUUUUCAUAUAAAAAUUAAAAAAAGGUCGAUUAUUUUUCAAAAUCAUAUUUUUCGUACAUAAAGUUUCGAAAAAACCCCUUUUUGACUUCAAAAUUAAACAGUAUUUUUAUUUUUAAAAUACGGACUCCAGUUUUGCGAGAUUUAGAAAGUACUUAUAACCGGUGGUGGAAAUGGAAUUGGUGCUGCAAUGGCUAAAAGAUUAGCUCAAGAAGGAUGUCAUAUCGCGCUUUGGGAUAUCAACGAAAAAGGGCUGGAAAAGACGAAAAAGGAGGUUGAGGAAUAUGGGGUUGAGGUAAGUUGCUCAAUAAAUAUCUCACGUUGUCGUAUGUUUGUCAUCUUUCUCAUAUUCGUAGUCUUUAUAUAACCAACGUGAUUUACUAUGCCUGCCGGCAAGGUCGGCAUGCCAAUGAUGUUUACUUCCCAAAAAAAUUUUUAGUUUUUAGCGGUUUCGGCUCGAAAAUAAUACCUCAAGACUUUGGGAAAACACAGAAAGUUCAAUUCAAGAUUUUUUGUGAAAUUCAGUCGGUUAAAAAUAGCGGGUCUCAGCUUCAGAAAGAUCUAUUUUUGCGUAAAAAUUCAUCUGCCUGCCAACCUUGCCGCCAGAUAUAAGUCAUUUUGGUUAUAUCUCAAAUUUGCUCGUUGACCUUUUUUGCCUACCUGAACUGUCCCAUAAAGUCAUAAUUUUUCAGGCCUAUAUACAAACUGUCGACAUCUCCAAAGAAGAGAACGUCAACAAAGCCGCUGAUGAGCUGAAACAAAACUUUGGUGACAUUGAUAUUCUCUACAACAAUGCCGGAUUAGUCAACAACAGCUAUUUUUUGGACACGAGCACCGCGGCCAUGGAGAGGCUUGUUUCCGUUAUGCUUCUUUCACACUUUUAUGUAAGUUGUGCUAAACCUUUUACGGCUCUUUAGACUGUAAAACAAUUUCUCCCCAAGAUGAUUGAACGCAAUGAAGGCCAUAUUGUGGCUACCUGCUCUGCUGCCAGCUAUAUUGGAGCGGCCGGUAAGUAAUAGAUUCAAAAGAAAAUCUAAUUCCCGUAUAGAAAUCGUAGACUACAGCGCCGUGAAAUUCGCCGUCCGCGGCUUCAUGGAAGCCCUCAGCAACCAAAUGUUAAUGCUUGGCCACGAUGGGAUUGAAUUCACUUCAAUUUCUCCAUGGUAUGUCAAGACCGCCCUUCUGGAAGGCCAACAACAUUUCAAUCAAGCUUUUCCGCCAGUGGAAUUGGACGAAGUCAUUGAAAGGAGUAUUCGAGCGAUCAAACUGAGCGAAAGAGAGGUGUUAUACCCGGCAAAACUGAAUGUCUGGGUGGCUAUUAAAGCCUGUUUCCCAUCGGCAGUGCAAAGGAGUAUCCUUGUCGGAAAAUUGUGCUGGUCUUAG